AGUGCAAGCUGGAAAAAUUGGGUAGAUGUGAGGUACACUAGGGAUGUUACCGAAAUCACUCACUCAUACCCCACUCCCGACGCCCUACAUAGGGUCAUUACUGUCGCACAAUUUAAACAGACACACUAAAGAGUGCUAAUUUAACUGCAAUUCAUGUUCUGUGUGAAUUUAGUUGUGACUCCGGAGGAGACUGUGAAUGUCUCUGCACAGCCAUCGCUGCCUACGCUGAGGAGUGUAACCGCCGUGGGGUCUACAUACGCUGGAGGUCCCAAGAGCUCUGUCGUACGUGGCACCUGUUCACACGAUGAACUUUGGUCAAGUCAACGUUCGGUCUUGUCUCUGGCUGUGUGUAAUUCUUUUAAUUUCUCUCCUUUGUCUAUGGUUUCCCACAGCUCUACAGUGUGAGAAUGGGUUGGUGUACGAUCCCUGCGGUCCUGCUUGCGCUUCUUUUUGCCCCAGUGUUCAGUCGUGGGGUAGUCAGUCCGAGUGUGGCAUUCUCCCCUGUGUGGAGGGGUGUUUCUGUCCUGCGGGCACAGUGAGACACGGAGACAGUUGUGUUCCUUCCACUGAGUGUCCCUGUGAGUGGGAUGGCUCUAUGUUUCCACCCGGAACAACCCUUACUCAACACUGCCAAAAUUGCUCCUGUGAGGAUGGUACGUGGCAGUGUAAGGGUGAGGCCUGUCCUCCCCCAUCCCCUCCAUGCCUGGAGUCUGAGUUCACAUGCGCUCGAGGUCGCUGCAUCCCCGCUCAGUGGGUAUGUGACAAUGAGGAUGACUGUGGAGAUGGUUCAGAUGAGGUUUGUCCAUCUACCUGCUCUCCUGACCAGUUCCGCUGUGGCGACGGUCCAAAUGGACCAUGUCUGCACGUGGCUCUGCGUUGUGACGGCCACCCUGACUGUGCUGACCAAUCAGAUGAGGAGUUCUGUGGACCUGUCACCCCUGUGCCCCUGUGCCCGACUGGGGAGUUCCAGUGCGCCAAUGGGAAGUGUCUGCCGGCCAAUCGAGUGUGUGAUGGGCAGCUCGACUGCGGCUUUGCAGAUGGGUCUGAUGAGCAAGACUGCGGCAGGGUGUGUGAUGAAGGAGAGUUUUUAUGUGCUGGAGGACGCUGCAUUCUUUAUCUUCAUCGCUGCGAUGGACAUGAUGACUGUGGAGACCUCAGCGAUGAGAGAGGGUGUCAGACCGACCCCUGUGAUGAGUGCGAGCACCAGACUCAGACUCAUGCUGUCGGAGACCGCUGGAAGUCAGAUCCUUGCCAGUUAUGCCAGUGUCUGCCUAACCUUACUGUUCAGUGCUCCCCCUAUUGUCCCUAUACCUUCACUGGAUGUCCUCAGACUCUGCCAGCCUCAAGUUUCAGUGCCUCCUCAAGGCAAACUGGUCAUCCUCCUGAGGCAGCUCGUCUUCAUGGCUUGGACACCCGCAGUGACCUCCAGGGUUGGAGUCCUGAACCUGAGGAGUACAAGGACCUGCCACCGCGGCGCCCAAGUGGACACGGCAGCCACACAAAAGGCCCCUAUCUGCAGAUCAACCUAUUACAACCGUACAACAUAACUGGUAUGCUAACGCAGGGUGGCGGUGCUUUCGGCACAUUUGUGUCCAGCUUUUACAUACAGUUCAGUCCGGACGGCAAACAGUGGUACACGUACAAAGAGCUUGUCGCUGAUGCACGUCCCAGAGCAAAGGUUUUUCUUGCAAACCACGAUGAUCGAGGGGUGGCAGAAAUCAGGCUGGACAGGAUGGUGUCAGCUCAGUUCAUUCGCCUGCUCCCACAUGACUUUCAGAAUGGCAUCUACCUUCGACUUGAGAUUAUGGGUUGUGGUGACGGUACACAGCCUUCUCCCACUGCCACCACUCCCCACCGCUGCCCUGUUGGUCAGUUCCGCUGCCCACCACCAGGAGGCUGCAUAGGGGCAGAGAAAUUAUGCGAUGGCACCAUACACACCCACCCCUGCUCCCCUCAGAACGCCAUCUACAGGACACAGGCUCACCAUUUCUCCAGUAACACCAGCAACAUCUGCUCCUCUCCUCUUGGACUGGAGGACGGUCACAUCCGAUACGGUCAGCUGACUUCGUCUUCGCAUCGCGAGAACAACCCGGCCGACGCUGGACGCCUUAACAUCAUCCCUAAUGUUCAGGUAAUGGAGCCUGGAUGGAGUCCUUUACCUACAGAUGUCCAGCCAUAUUUUCAAGUGGACUUCCUGGAGCCCAUGUGGGUGUCAGGCGUGUCUACCCAGGGCAGUGAAAGGAUGUGGGGUUACCUUACCAAGUACCGCCUGGCCUUUGCGCUGCACAGUGGCCACUUUUCAGAUUACAGUGACAAGCCUGGUGGGCCUGCUAAGGUGUUUGAGGUGCGGAUGGUCGGGAGAAACCCUGUGACCAGAUGGCUUGAUAGGCUGGUCAGAGCUCGCUACCUGCGCAUCAUCCCGGUGGAGUUCAGACACACCUUCUAUUUGCGAGUUGAGAUCCUAGGUUGCAGAGGAGAUGAGCUGGUGACCCCCAGCAGUGUGACGCCAUCGCCCUCUGCUGGACGUACAGUGACGGUGCAGCGCUGUAAGCCGGGCCAGUUUGCAUGUCUGCACAGUGACCAGUGCGUCUCAGCGUCCGUGGUUUGUGACGGUCAGGCAGACUGCAAGGACCGCACAGAUGAAACCAACUGCGCUCAGUGGAUCACUACAACUCCCUACGAUGUUGGGCCACCCAGACCUCCCUGUGUGGAGGGCCAGUUUGCGUGCAGGUCAUUUGGCUGUGUGGCCUCGUGGCUGGUGUGUGACGGCACACGGGACUGUUUGGACGGGUCAGAUGAGGAGCUCUGUGGCACCACUGCCAGACCAGCGGUGACUUCAAAACCUCCUGUGGUGCCCUCUCCAUGUUCUUCUAAGCAGUUCCAGUGUGGCAGUGGGGAGUGCGUUCACCAGGAGCGCAGAUGUGAUCUGCAGAAAGACUGCCUCGAUGGGUCGGAUGAGAAGGACUGCGUGGACUGCAUCAUGUCUCCGUGGACAGCCUGGAGUACAUGCAGUGUGUCCUGUGGUCUGGGCUCCGUGUUUCGCCAGAGAGACAUACUAAGGGAGGCGCUGCCCGGAGGAGCGUGCGGUGGAGCACAGUUUGACAGUCGAUCCUGCUUCGCUCAAGCAUGUCAAGUCGACGGUCAGUGGUCGAAGUGGUCAGAGUGGUCAGACUGCGAUGUGAAGUGCGGAGGUGGAGUCAGGCACAGGAACCGAACCUGCUCCGCGCCCCCUCCCAAGAACGGUGGGCGAGACUGUGAGGGCAUGAUACGCCAGACUCAGACUUGCAACAGCCAGUCGUGCACCACAGAUGUUGCCACUCAGACAGGUGAUGUUAGACACAUCCAAGUGUUGCAUUCCUUAUUAGAAAAGUUAGAGCUACCUGAUGGAGUCUGGGGUAAAUGGACCGCCUGGUCGGAAUGCAGUAAGACAUGUUUCAACUUUGUCGACGAGGUAGGGAUCAGACAGCGGUUUCGCACCUGCAACCGCACAGUCGACAACCUCAACUACACGCACUCCGCCUGUGAGGGUCCCGGGGAGGAGCAGGAGCCUUGCAACACAGUCCAGUGUCCCGGUGUGUGUCCAGAAGGAAUGAUGUACUUGACAGCAGCAGAGUGCGAGGUUCACGGUGGCGCGUGUCCACGAGUGUGUUUGGACAUGACCCCAGCAGACGUGCAGUGUGCCACAACCUGUUACGACGGCUGCUACUGCGCCCCGGGCUUCUACCUGCUGAAUGGCAGCUGCGUGCCCCUGGCACGGUGUCCGUGUUACCAUCAAGGGGAGACGCAUCCAGCUGUUUCCUCAGUGGACUGUGGCUGGAGCACUUGGACACAGUGGAGCGCCUGCUCUAGAACUUGUGACGUCGGUGUGAGAAGGAGGUACCGUUCUGGAACCGACCCUCCUCCAGCGUUUGGUGGGCAGCCUUGCAAAGGAGAGAGAGUGGGGAUGGAUACGUGCAGCAUUGAGCCUUGCUUUGGUGUGAAGGGGCCGUGGACCACAUGGUCAGAGUGCUCGGUGACGUGUGGCGGAGGAUACAGGUCUCGAACCCGCGGGCCCAUUCGGGUUCACGGCACGGCACAACAGUUCAGCGCCUGCAAUCUUCAGCCCUGUGGUGACAGCCAGGCUUGUCCUCCGGGUCAGCAGUGGAGUCGGUGUGUGAUUGGUGCUGUGUCCUGUACUGACGUCAGCAUGGACCUAAGCAGGAACUGCACACCAGGUUGCCAGUGUCCGCAAGGCAGAGUGCAACAGGUGUGUAAAAAACCUGCGCUCACUCCUCAACUAAGAGAUAGUAUCUGUUCUUACCGUUCUGAUCGUUCAUCGUUCUCCCAACCCCCAGGACGGUGCCUCCAGUCUCGAUACCGGUUCUGUUCAAGUCCCCGGCGCUCUGGGAGCGACUUGCCAUGUCUAGGACCCCACAGAGAGGACCAGGUCUGCAUCAACGUGCCAUGUGACCGUGAUGGUGGGUGGGGUCAGUGGAGUAACUGGACUGAAUGCACCAAGUCAUGUGGCGGGGGCAUUCAGAGUCGGCGCAGACACUGUGACAGUCCAAGUCCAGAGGGGGAGGGAAAUUACUGUGAGGGUCUUGGAACCGAGGUUAUCACCUGCAACACGAACCACUGUCCAGUCGCUCCAUGUUCUAAGGUCCCAGGCACAGCGUUCAGCAGCUGUGGUCCGUCAUGUCCUCGAUCCUGCGAUGAUCUGGCACACUGCGAGUGGCAGUGCGAGCCCGGCUGCUACUGCACGGAGGGAAAGGUCCUGUCCGCCAAUGGGACAGUGUGUGUAGAGAGAGAAGACUGUCCCUGUCUGGACCUCAGCACUGGACAAUGGCUAGAACCAGGAGAGAGCGUAGAAUCCCAGGACGGAUGCAACAACUGCACAUGUGAGAGUGGGAGGUUGAACUGCACCAGACAGACCUGUCCAGUCCAUGGUUCAUGGAGUCCAUGGUCAGUCUGGUCAGACUGCGAUGGCUGUGCCGGUUCCUCCACACGCACCAGAGAAUGCAAUAGCCCUCCUGCCAUGUUCGGCGGUCUGCCCUGCCUUGGGGAGAGCAGACAGAGCCGUGGUUGCCAUGACAACAUCACCGUCUGUUCAGACUGCGAAGGAGGCCAGGUGGAAUGGGCCUGUGGGAAGCCCUGUCCACGGUCCUGUUCGGAUCUCUACGGUGACACCAUGUGUCUGGACUCCUCCGUGUGCAGCCGGACUUGCGGCUGUCCCGGUGACAUGGUCCUGCAGGAUGGAGUGUGUGUAACCAGGGAUGAGUGUCGCUGCAAAUACCACAACAGCUCCGCUACUGGAGGCCUAGACUCCAGUAACGCUUCAUGGGCGUGGCCUGGUGGAGCGGACUGGCAGUUUGCAAAUCCAGGAGAUAUUCCUGCGAGGCCGGAGUUCUGCAGUGUGAAUCAGUUCCCGGGUGCAACGUUGAUGGUGGUUGGAGUCAAUGGGCAGCCUGGGGUGAUUGCUCACUUCCUUGUGGACGAGGAGUGCAGUUUAGGAGACGCCAGUGCAAUAAUCCGUCUCCUCAGAGCGGUGGAAGAGGCUGCCUUGGAGCUGCCGAGCAACAGAAAGACUGCAACAUCCACCGGUGUACAGAGGUGGGCUGCCCACCGGGAAGGUUGUAUAGAGAAUGUGAACGAUCCGAAGGCUGCCCAUUUAACUGCGCUCAGAUCAGUGGUAGAGAAGGCUGUUUCUCAGAUGCCUGUGAGGAAGGCUGCCACUGCCCUCUGCGCACCUACCAACACCACGGCCUCUGUCUGCAGGGUUCCAUUAUGCACAUUUCUAAAAAUGCUAUUUUUUUGUGUGUCUCAGGAGUGUCCGUGUCUGGUGGACGGGGAGUUUUUGGCGUCUUUACAGAGCGUCUCUGUCGCACCGGUGUCGUCUGCUCUCUACAACAUCUCUGAGGGAACGGAACUGCAGUCUGGAGACAUCGUGGCUCAUGAAUGCAGCAUAUGUGGUUGCGAACAUGGGAGGUGGAAUUGUUCCCUGGAGCACUGUCCUGUUGAUGGAGGCCUGUCACCCUGGGGACCAUGGAGCCCUUGUUCUUUGUCCUGUGGAGGACUGGGUCUGAAAACUCGAUCUCGAGGAUGCACCCGACCUGCCCCAGCUCACGGAGGCAGAGAUUGCCCGGGACCACGACAGGAAACCACUUACUGUCAGGCACCUGACUGCCCAGUGAUUAUUGGUCCAACUCAAGAACCACUUUUACCAGAUGAGGACGCCGGCUUCUCUGCCUGGUCCUUGUGGAGUUCCUGCUCGAAGACCUGCACUGAUGCUCAAAGUCCAGCCACAAAAGCCCGCCAUCGCCAGUGUGUAAAAGCUCCUUGUUUCGGAAGCUCUCACCAAGAGAAGGCCUGUAACCUUCCUCAGUGUCCAGAUGGAGGAGGAGCUUGCGUCGGACCUGAUUGUGCAGAGAGGAACUGCACAUGGACAGGGUGGGGGGAGUGGAGCUCCUGUUCACGAUCCUGCGGCGUCGGUCAGCAGCAAAGGAUCCGAACCUUUCUCUCCCCUGGUACCAACGGUUCGUGGUGUGAAGACAUCCUCGGGGGGAACCAGGAGCAACGCUUUUGUAACAUCAAGCCUUGCAGAGUGGACGGAGGAUGGUCCAGGUGGAGUCCUUGGUCCCGCUGCGACAAACGCUGCGGUGGCGGCCGCUCCAUACGCACCCGUUCCUGCUCAAGCCCUCCGCCCAAAAACGGCGGGAAAAAGUGCGACGGGGAGAAGAACCAGGUCAAACCGUGCAACACCAAACCCUGCGACGAGACAGGUUGCCCCCCGGGCCAGGAGUUUGUGUUGUGCGCCAACCAGUGUCCGCAGCGCUGCGCAGACCUUCAGCAGGGCAUAGAGUGCCAGAGCAACGCCGAAUGUCAGCCUGGCUGUCGCUGUCCUGAAGGUCAAUUGCAGCAGGAUGGCGUCUGUGUGCAGCUUUGGCAGUGUGACUGCGUGGACUCGGUGGGGCAGAUUUGGGCAGCCGGUAGCUGGCACCAGGUGGACUGUAACAACUGCAGCUGCUCUGACGGACAGUUCCUCUGCACCAAUCACAGCUGCCAGGGGACCUGCGUGUGGAGCUCGUGGUCCAGCUGGGCGUCGUGCAGCGUUUCCUGCGGACCCGGCCAGAAAACCAGAUAUCGGUCCCUGGUCCCAGAUGUUGAAGGUACACACUGCCAGUUUGAGGAAGUCCAGCAUAAAUCUUGCAACCCGGGAUCCUGCCCGCCCCUGUGUCUCCAUGACAGUCAGGAAGUCGGCGUGGGACACACCUGGCUGCAGGGAGAGUGUAAACAAUGCACCUGCACCCCGGAGGGAAAUUACUGCCAGGAAAUUGACUGCAGAGACGACUUAUGCCCCUGGUCGCCCUGGUCAGCGUGCUCCCGGAGCUGCGGCGCAGGGACAGCGUCCCGUCGUAGGGUGUGCGCGUGCGAGGAAGCGGGCGACUCAGCGUGUCCUGGUGAUAUCGAGGCGGAGAGGAACAAAGAGGAGACGCAGUUGUGUUACCGAAGGCCCUGUCCAGACUGUCCCAUGUCUGAGUGGAGCGUCUGGUCUCAGUGUUCCUGCGAGUCUCAGAGGCAGCAGCGCUAUCGUGUAGCCCUCGUCCCAGUCACCAGGGGGCAACAGUGCACUCCGGUGGAAACGCAGAGCCGAAGCUGCAGCCUCAGUGAAUGUGGUGACUGCCAAGCACCAUUUGUGUAUUCAAAUUGUGGUUCGCCCUGUGAGAAGCAGUGCGCGCUGCAGGGCCGUGACGACGUGUGUCCGGGAGUCAGGGAGUGUGUACCUGGCUGCUACUGCCCACAGGGUCUGCUGCAGCAGAACGGUAGCUGUGUUCCUGGCAACGAAUGUGGCUGCGUCCACCUUCAUCACCAAGCUUCAGGACAGCCGCCUACAGUUGUCAUUGUUCCUCAGGGCGACACUGUUUCUGUGGGCUGCAGUACUUGUCUUUGCCACGAUGGGACGUUUCACUGUGACACGAGAGAAUGUGAAGUCGUCGCCAGCGAGUGGUCAAAUUGGACUCCCUGCUCCCCCUGCCUGCCCUCCUCCUCGCUGCAGCCUAGCACAUUGCAGGCUGGACUCAUCAACGUCACACAAAUGGUAUCAAUCCAGAGGCGUUUCAGGGCCUGCCUGGACCUCGAUUCAGGUUUCCCAGUCUCGCAGGUGGGCGAGGAAGAGGAGGAGAGUCAAUGUCCCGAACCGCUGCUGGAGGAGAGGCUUUGUCCAGAUGCUAACAUCUGCAGAGAUCUGUGCCAGUGGAGCGCGUGGAGUGCCUGGACGGCCUGCGCCGAUCCGUGCAGCGGUGGAGUGAGGCAGCGCUACAGACGACCGAUGGCCUUUCCUUUAGGACCCCGCUGUAGUAAACAACAGACUCAGAGCCAGAGCUGCAACACUGGGCUCUGCAUAGGUGAGCGCUGCGAAGACAGGGGACGUACCUACCACGAAAGCUGUGCCAAUCAGUGUCCUCGCACCUGCGCUGACUUGUGGGAUCAUGUUCAGUGUCUGCAAGGAGCCUGUCACGCAGGUUGUCGGUGUCCAGCAGGACAGCUGCUACAGGACGGUCACUGUGUGCCUAUUCCGGAGUGUCGCUGCGGCAUCCCAUCAGGCAAUGGGACUCUGGAAUACAUACCUAAACAAGAGCUAAAUAUCGACUGUAAUACUUGUGUGUGUGAAAAUGGCACUCUGGUGUGCACCAACCUGUCCUGCCCAGUGUACGAGCCCUGGAGCACGUGGAGCACAUGCUCCACUUCCUGUGGGCGUGGUCAGAGGACAAGAUCCCGCCUGUGCCAGGACAAAGAGGGUGGUCCUCCCUGUGCUGACACUGAACAGAUGGAGAGCUGUGACCUGCCGCCAUAGUGUCCACAUGGGCAGGUGUUCAGUGAGUGUUCCGGUUCCUGUCCAUACACGUGCGAAGACCUGUGGCCAGACACCCAAUGUUUACUUGGUCCCUGCACACCCGGGUGUACCUGCCUUCCAGGACAGGUGUUGUACAAAGGGUCAUGCAUACCCCACACCGACUGUCCCUGUUUGGCGCAUUCCCUGCCGACUGGGUUCCAAAGUUUGAACGUUAGCACCGCUGAGACCACAGAAGCUCUCAUAGCCCCCGGAACGGCCAUCCAGCACCACUGCAAUACAUGCGUUUGCCAAGGUGGAGUGUUCAACUGCACCUCAGAGAACUGUGAUGCCUGCCCUGACGGGGAGCAAUGGAGGAGGAAAAGGGUGUCCGAGGAUGUCCAGCUGUGCGAGAGGAGCUGCGAGGAAAUUUACACCACCUCUCCGGUCAACUGCACUCACGGUGGUGAGGGCUGCGUGUGCGAAGAGGGGCUUUAUCGGAAAACGGAGGGCAAGUGUGUCAUCCCGGCACUCUGCCCCUGCCAUGACCGGGGCGUUCUGCGAGAGGCUGGAUCAGAGUGGGAGGAGAGCUGCACAUCCUGUCGAUGCGAGAACGGGAAAAAACAAUGCGAGCUGAGGUGCCCCGCACUCCACUGUGCCGAGGGGGAGGUUAAGGUGGAGGAACCAGGCAGCUGCUGUCCAGUCUGUAGAAAACAGUUUCCAGAAGAGCCCGUGUCUGAGUGUCAGCGCUACAUGCAGGUCAGGAACAUCACCAAAGGGGGUUGCCGCCUCGACAACGUGGAGGUCAGCUUCUGCAGGGGGCGCUGUCUGUCAAGGACCGAUGUCAUUCUGGAGGAGCCGUACUUGUUGUCGGUGUGCGAGUGCUGCAGUUACCGUCUGGAUCCGGACACUCCCGUGCGCUUCCUCAACCUGCGGUGUGAGAACGGGGAGAGUGAGCCCGUUGUCCUGCCCGUCAUUCACAGCUGCGAGUGCACCAGCUGUCAAGGAGGCGACCUGUCCAGACGCUAAGGGUUCAUGCCGAGUGUGUGUGUAUGUGUUAGAUAGUGAAAGAGAGAGAGAGAGAGAGCGAGAGCAGCACCAAGGCCAAGCCAAAAGUGAGAGCACUUCACUGACAUCCGGCUGGGUGACACAUGGAGGGUUCUGAAAGCUGAGUUGGAUGAAAGAGUGGCUGUCAUAACAAGCCACUGUGGGCGCUCGUUGUUCCGUAGUCCUUAGUCAUCAUAUGACUGAAUGCUAUUGCUAUCGUAUGAGUUUCUUAUCUCAAACCUCUUCUUCUCAGUCUGUACAGCCUUUUUUUCUACUGCCUAUUUAUAGAUUCAAAACCUAAGAACACAUCCACGUAUGAACUGUUAUAGGUAGGGAUGUCCGAUAAUAUCGCCCGACCGAUAUUAUCGCCCCGAUAUUAGCGAUUAUUUAUGUAAUAUCUGUAAGAACGUUAUCAUUUUUUUCCACCCACUGUGAAAAUCCGAUAAAGUAAUGCCUGGGUUUCGUCAAAUAUGUUUGAAUUUCUUACUGCGGUUUUGGAGGAAAACUACUGCAUAUAUCAGUAUCGGUUGAUAUCCGAAUCGUAAAUUAAGUGUUUAGAUAAUAUCGGCAUAUCGGAUUUUGGCAAAAAAGUCAAUAUCGGACAUCCCUAAUUAUAAGUCUUUUUUUAUUAUUUUUAUUAAAUGGUUCGAGAAUGUGUUUGUAAUAAACUGAGGUUAACACCAAAAUGCUUAAAAUCAACUGAUUUACUGUGAAAAAUACUAACGCCAAGGCCACUCUUGAAAUAGUUUAGGUUAUAUUUAAAAUAAUUUGGUUGCUAGUCAUCAAAACUACCAGAAUGUUAACACCUUAAGGUGUUUCUUAAAAUUGUCAAAAGAGGAAAUUGUAUUGUGCCUAGACGGGCAGAGAAGACACUUAAACCAAAGUGCUUCUUUCUUUCGUCUAAUUUAAAAAGUUUGCCCAAAUAAGGGCAAGAAAGUAGCGCUGAGCCCUGAUCGAUGUGCAAAUUUUCACUUCGAAAUUGAGCGGAGUCGAAGUGUAAGGUCUCACAAAAUAGCAAGACUCGAGUAAAGUAUGGAUACACUCGUACGGUACUGUUUAUCGUGUAUAUAUAUAUUUGCUUUUACUUACUUUUUUGUUACAGUAACUUCUGCUUUUUGGCAAUCCGGGAGUGUUCAAGCGUGGCCUUUUUUAAUUUUCCUGUGACUGAUUCUGCACUCGGUAGAAGUUGAGCAAAAGCGAGCGGUGACAUUUCUUAGGACAAGGGUCGGCGUUUACUGAUGAAAUGUUUUGUGCAUUAAAAGAUGUUCCUCCAAUGGACGUGUCACAGUUUGAUGCCAAGAGCUUUUCCCAACUCCCUUAUGCAGACAGUUAUCUGUUAUUGCGUAUUAGACAGAGACUGUAAACAUCCAUUUGAACAGGGUCCAGUGUGUGUGCGCACGAGUGUGUGUGUGUGCUAAUAAAUAUACAAAGAGUGUGACAGGCUGGCAUAUGUCUUACCCAUGACAAUAAAGUGUGCGCUCCCCCCUCCUCACUCUUCCUCCCUCGCUCUUUUCCUGCCUAAAUAAGGGAGUUGUGAGGCGAAGGCCCCGACCAGCGAAGCCUUCUGUGGCUUUCAGCUGCUGUAGUAAAUACCACUGGACGUAAUGGGGAAACAGGAACUGAUGCAUUUUUAAUUCAUAACCAAAAAUGCCACAUGGCUGAUGGAUAGCUUUUCACAGCCCUCGUGCAAAGAGCAAAGGCUUGCAAUUCAUCAUGUCUGCCCAAUCAUUAACUGAUCGCUGGAGAAAUGAACGCACACACAUUGCCGUGCAGGUCGUUGUGAUAAAUGCGUGCUCGGAGCAGCAGCAGUUGCUUCAGGCCUGUUAUCUGACACAGGCAAAAAGAAAAAAAAAAACCCCAACAACAAUCCAACUCCCAAUCAAAGUUU